UCACUUUCGAUACUACGUCUUGCCCUAUGUAUGUACCUCUCCUGAAUCACAAAAUAGGUACCUGAAGUGUCUUGUUAACUCGGACCAUUGGAAAACAAGAAAAAGAGAACGGCUAUGGCUGCCACAACUUGCAGAAGGGACGUCACAACAGAGCUUGUGUACUGGAAACCUGCCCCUGGCAAGGUCAUUAGCACAGACUUCACCACUCCUGGCGGGGAAGAGAGGUUCAAUGCUCUCGAGAGUUUGAGGACCACCCACCCAGUCACAAUCCAUGAUAUUCGCGGCCAGGAGAACGACUUCACCCUCGACCGCAAUGGGUUUCAGUAUAUCCAUCACGAAGUUCCUGGACUGAAGGACUGUUCGAAUGAGGACUUAGUCGCUGCUCUCCUGAUUCCAGAAACCGAAACAUUGGUCCAGAAAUUGACUGGUGCUACAAAGACUAUCGUAUUUGCCCAUCGCAUUCGCUGCAAGGCAACUGAUACUGCCAAGCGGGGGGAUAGCCGCGCCCCAGCUUACAUUGUGCAUUCUGACUUCACAGUUCCCGGGGCUCUGCAUCACCUCGAAGUGAAUGUAAAAGACCCAGCAGAAAGAGAACAGCUCACGAAAGGCCGGUUCUGCAUCAUUAAUGUGUGGCGGCCCCUGAAGACCAUCACCCGCGAUCCUUUGACGGUCUGUGACUGGACCUCAGUGGAUCCAGAGACGGAUUGGAUGGUUAAUCGACUGAUAUUUCCUCACGGCAGGAAUGAGUUUGGUAGUGUCGUCUAUAAUGAUAAACACAAGUGGUUCUACCUUUCGCAUCAGGAGCCGUCGGAACCGUUGGUGUUUAAGCAGUUUGACAGUAAGGAGACGGGAAAUGGAGGUGUGACUCUGGCGCAUUGUGCUUUCAUCGACCCGGAGUAUGCAAAUUCCAAAGCUCGAGAGAGUAUUGAGAUCAAGAUGUUUGCAUUUAUGCCGGAGGGGAGUUCUUGAUUUAGCAACCCACCUACGGGCAGGAGGGGAGCAAUAAAAUCAGGUACUAUAAAAUACAGUAUAGUUUCUGGUUUUGAACUAGGAAGCAUGAGGC